GCUGAAAUUCCCAGGGAUUAUCACAGCGCUCCAUAAAACUACAGGAAGGAUUAGGAGAGGAGACACCACUAUAAGACUUGCUGAACGAGUCACAAGAUGCGUCUUGUGUGGCUAUUUCUCUUUUCACUGUCUGUACUCGUGACACCUUCUGAGGAGACAAUAGAAGCAUGGGACCUCUCAGCGGUGCUCUCCUCCUUGGGUCAUGUUUUCCAUAGAACUGAAUCUGAAGUAGCAAUGGAUAGAAGCCUAACAAGAAAGAAGCGUGACGCUGCAGUGAUUCCAGAAUACACGGUGGAUAUAGAGAUCAGCUUUCCUGACCCCUCCUUUGCAAGUCUGAUAAAGCAAUUCAUCAGGAACAACCUGACUCUGCCCAUGCAACUUGGGUCUAACGACACAACAAUUACAAACAUCAGCAUCACCACAGAGUGUAACCAGACUGGAGGAGAUGUGCAGUGUUCCUGUGAAGACGGGUACAGCUGGCCUGACACUAUAUGUAACUCGUACAGUAUUUGUUCCACAUCCAAUGCAAGCAAUUGCAACUGUAUAAAAGGCACAAGCAUCCCUUCUCAGUCGUGUCAUAUUAAUCCAGUGAAUAUCCAACUGAGUUUAAGAAUCCUGGAAACCUUUUCAACAGAUUUUGCCGACUCAACAUCAGCCCUGUACAUUAAAUACAAAAGAGAUCUGGAAUAUCAGUUUAAUAACGCCUAUAAAUCUCUGCCCGGUUUCCAAUCAGCAACCAUUUCAGAUUUCAGACCUGGGAGUAUUAUAGCGGAUUACACUGUUGUCACUGAACCCGUCACUGCUUCAGCAAUCGCAUCAGCCAACCAGGCUCUUAUAUCCACACUCAGCACGAACUACACUGUCGACUCAGUAAUUCGAACUGUACUGACAGGCUACAGCAGCAUCACAGUAAACCCAGCAAAUAUCUUCACCAAUGACACAGUGAACCUGACGUGCAUAUCCAGUAUCGCCACUUAUAACAACGUCUCGUGGUAUUACAAUAAAACCCAAAAGAUCAGUAACAGUUCAUACAGUUGGUAUACCACAGCUGUCGUAGGGGGUGCGGUACAGUCCACGUUAACGAUAUUUCGUGCAUCAUUCAACGAUAUCGGAACGUAUAUUUGCACCAUAGACUUGGACACGAGUUCUUACGUAGUACAGACAGAUUUAUAUGUUGGAUCCUUGGAUCUUGCUGUAAUAAACAGAGCCAUUCCUUGCAAUAAUACAUCCCAAUCUGUGGUACAGUGCUGCACACAAGUGGGAAAUCCUUCGUUUGAUCUUACCUGCCAAACUAAUUCUCCCAUCAGAGGGAUCGCAGUGUCCAGCGCUACAUGUAAGACGUACACCAUUACAGCUGACCCCUUCAGCUGCUCCGGCGUGAGCCCAUUCAGCUAUACCUGUAACUGUUCCACAGGGCACGGAGCAGUCCUGAUGCAGAUAGUCCAAGUGACGUAUACAUCUUCAUCCGUGGCUACUAUUACUGCAAACUCCACGAACAUCUCAGAGGGGACAGCACUAAUGUUGCAGUGCAAAUGUAACGUCGCACCAGUAAGAAAUAUGAGCUGGUACUUCAUCACUAGCAGUGCAAACAACAGCAUUCCUACCCAGUACUAUAGUACUAAUACCGACCUGACCAUGUGUACUUCUAAUCUCAUAAUCCCAAGCAACACUGUAACCGUGGAAUGGAAUGGAACUUUUACCUGUUUGGUGAACUACGGGGGGCUGUUGGCAAGCAAAGCGAUCAAUGUUUUCAGACUGGCCAAACCAAAUCAAAUUAGUAUCAGCCCAAUUAAUUCAGGAUUUACAAAUGGUCAAAUGGUCAAUUUUUCCUGCUGCUUAGAUUUCAUCAAUCAGUACAAACCUACUGGAACAUUACAGAUAUCUGCUGGGUCAGCAGCCGUUACUACACGAGAGAUGUCUGUUAAUGGAAGUUGCUUUAUUGCGAAUUAUACUGCCGGAGUGAGCAAUUUCACAGCUUGUUGCAUACUUACUAACCUACUGGGUGAUACUGUAACAAGUAACGUAAUGACGCUGACUUAUGUUAAAGAUCCAGAGUGUUACCAAAUUAACAUUGGCGUGGGAAAGAACGGUAGCGUUAUCACAGUUUCGUGUAAUACCAAAAACACUAGCCUGACGGGAGACUUGAUCUACACGUGCACCACGGGUAGCGGUCAGGCAUCUUGGGUUGUGAAUGAUUCUCUCUGUGUGCUUGCAGCUCUCAACACGCUCAGUAAUCAAGUGGCGGCCUUAACGAGUCCUGGAUCUGAAACACAAGUUCCUGGUGUGCUUGCGAACCUAAGUUCUAUAGUCGUUUCAGGAAAACAAAGUAUAACUUCGUCUGUUAGUAAUACGCUACUUGUAUUAAGCAUAUUAACGCAAAUCGGAAAUGUUGCUGUGGAUGUGCAGAAACCGGCUAUGCAGAACUUCCUUGAGACGGUCAAUGUUGUCUUGGACGUUUCCUCGAAUGAAACUUGGAAUAACUUACCAAACAGGGUUAACUCAAGUUCAACUCUUCUCCAAUCUGUAGAGAUCUUUGCAGAAAAACUAAACUUCAAUGGAUCGUUGACGAUCGACAACAACACCAAUGUUCAGCUCUUCGGCAGUUCUGACUUAACUGCAAAUUACAACGCAUCUUUUAAUUUUAGCCAGUCAAAUCAUUUAACCGGUGAGGUUUUGAUUAAUAAUUCCACCCUGAGUACUGUGGCAGCUGGUUCCAAGGUCAUAAGUAUUGCGUAUGCUACAUUAAAGGACAUUAUAGGCAACCCAAAUAACUCAAACUCAAGUAGCGCUUGGACUUUGAACGGUCUUGUGCUGACGACAACAGUAACAGGGAACUACUCUAAAUCCAACUUCCAGAUUGGGAUGACUUUUACGAAGAGUAACCAGACAUUAAAUACGGCACAAUGCGUCUUCUGGAAUUUUGACAGCAAUAAUUGGGAUGCGACUGGCUGCACUCCUACCAUUCAUGGAGAGAUUGUAAGCUGUACCUGCACUCACUUGACGUCAUUCUCCAUUCUCAUGUCAUUAAACCCCGUUGACAACAUAGCAUUAGAUUAUAUCUCCUACAUUGGUUUGGGCAUCUCAAUCGUCAGCCUGGUCAUCUGCAUCAUCAUUGAGGGCACCGUCUGGAAAUCCGUGACCAAGAACAAGACCUCUUACAUGCGCCACAUCUGCAUCGUGAACAUUGCUGUCACUCUGCUGAUGGCGGACGUUUGGUUCAUCGUUGGCGCAGCCAUGGCGAACACCAAUCUGCAAGCUUGUGUGGCGGCAACUUUUUUCACACAUCUUUUUUACUUGUGUGUCUUCUUUUGGAUGCUGACCAUGGGACUUAUACUUUUCUACCGCCUUAUGUGUGUCUUCCACGACCUGAGCAAGACCAUCAUGAUGGGAAUAUCUUUCUUCCUGGGAUACGGAUGUCCUAUCAUUAUUUCAGUCGUCACGGUGGCGGUCACCCUACCCAGCAAAAGAUAUCUCCAGCAAAACUCUUUAGGAGUAACAUCUUGCUGGCUCAACAUUUUGGAGAGCAAAGCCUUCCUUGCCUUUGUAGUGCCGGCGCUAACCAUUCUGCUCGUCAAUUUUAUUACGCUGCUCGUGGUCAUAGUUAAAGUCCUCAGACCUUCUGUGGGAGACAGGCCGAAAAAAGAGGAGAAGAGCACCUUAAAUCACAUUGCGAAAUGUAUACUGAUCCUGACGCCACUCCUUGGACUGACCUGGGGAUUCGGGAUUGGAACCAUGUCAAGCUCUUCGGUAGUGAUAGCAGGGAUUUUUGCAGCAUUGAAUUCACUUCAGGGACUAUUUAUUCUGUUGUUCGGGUGUUUGUUGGACAAAAAGGUACGAGAUUCUUUGUUCAGCAGAUUUUCCAUCUCCAGGUGGACGUCACAGCAGACCAAGACUUCCCAUCUCAGUUCUACAGAGCCUGCGCUUCCAAGAGGAGUUUUCAAUUUGUUUGCUAAAAAGGGACUUUACAACAUUUCUUCUGCACAAGUAAGCUCAUCUAGUGAGAUGCCCUCAAAUUCCUACUCACUACUCAAUUGAGCGUAAAGAGACUUUACGCUGAACACGCUUAUACCGCAUAUCUCUCGAUAUGUUCCGUUAUUGUGAUGUUUGUCAAAUCUACUGUAUGCACUUUAUGUUCUACAGCCAAGUCUGUCACCCUUAGUGCACUGGAUUGCAGGCAAACCAUUGACGUCUGAAGUCCUGUUUCCAUUGUAAAUGAAGUUUAUGUUAGGCUGGCAUUUAUGUCCCGUGUAUGAUUUAUAGCCAGACCCGCUAGCAGCCAUCUAGAGUAUGACUAUGUUCACUGACGCUGAAAACGUAAUACAUAAAUAUAUGUGCAAGUCAGCAAUCUACACGUCAUAGCUAUCUAAAACGUAUAGUGUUCCUUUUUUGGAUGUGAUAAUAUGGUAUAGAUUAGAACUGGUAUUAAAAGGCAUCCACCACCAAGAAGGCAGACAUUUUAUAAAUGUUGAUGAGAAUGCGGAAUCAUUAAAUAUUCAGCCUACCACUUUACAAGGACUCAGUGACAUCACCGAGGAUGCCACCUAUCCAUUUUUCGGUAAUAUCAAUGAGGAUGAACAAUAUCCAUUGUUACCAAUGACAUCACUGAGGAUGAACAAUAUCCACUGUAACCAGUGACAUCACAGAGGAUGAACAAUAUCCAUUGUAACCAGUGACAUAACUGAGAAUACAACCUAUCUUGUGUUAAUGAGUGACAUCACUGAGGAUGAACAAUAUCCUUUCAUGGGUAACUAAUAACAUCACUGAGAAUUCAGCCUAUCCAGUGACUAGUAACCAGUGACAUCACUGAAAAUGCCGCAUAUACAGUCACUGGGAUCUUGUGACAUCACUGAGAUGCAGCCUAUCCAGUCACUGGAAGCCUGUGACAUCACUGAAAUGCAACCCAUCUAGUCACUGGGAGCCUGUGACAUCACUGAAAUGCAGUCUGUCCAGUCACUGGGAGCCUGUGACAUCACUGAGAAUGCAGCCUAUAAAGUCACUGGGAGCCUGUGACAUCACUGAGAAUGCAGCCUAUAAAGUCAGUGGGAGCCUGUGACAUCACUGAGAUGCAGCCUAUCCAGUCACUGGGAGCCUGUGACAUCACUGAAAUGCAGCCCAUCUAGUCACUGGGAGCCUGUGACAUCACUGAUAAUGCAGCCUAUAAAGUCACUGGGAGCCUGUGACAUCACUGACAUGCAGCCUAACAAUUUACAAGGCACUGUUAAUUUCACUGGUGAGAAAAGUCCUAGUAACAUAGUUGGAAAGUAUAGGACAAUUAAGUUGAACCAGAGAGAGAACACAGCAUUCCAGCUAGGCAGUUGGCACUUUGUCCCUGCAUUGGAUAAGACCAGCAAUUUUCUCCUGGCUUCAUGCAUUAAUUCCUUGGAGCAGUCGCUGCAUAAUGCAGUCAAUUAAUGGAGAUAGCUCACUGGUUUCCAAACAUUUUUGAAUCACGGCGCCCUAGAAUAUCAGAAUUUUUUUCACGGCACCCCUAGGCCAAACAUUUCUUAUUGAGAAAUUUAGAAAGAAAUAUUACAUUAAGUAGAUCGCGUUUAUAUGUCAUCCUUAGGGUCAUUUGUGUUGAGGGACAAGAUUUGCUUCUGUUUGGCCACAUAUUUUAUGACUGGCAGCCACCAGCACUGGUUUUGCCUAUUAUAUUGAACAUGAAUAAUUUAAAUUGGUCCUGGACCACCAACCCAGGGCACCCCUGCAAGUGUCCCGAAGCACCCCAGGGAGCCACGGCACACAGUUUGGGAACCUCUGAGCUAGCUAAAGAAAGAAUUUCUUGUAAGAAUGACAUAACCACUUAUUUAAUCUAGUUAGCCAAUUGGCCAUAACAACCUCCUUUCCUAGAGAAUUCCAUACUCUCGCUGCCCUUCCAGGAAGGUAUUAAAGAAGAGCUUCAUGCUGUCUGCCUCAAAUUAACAGAACCAUGGUGAUUAACCUUGAUGACCUUUGUAACUGAGGUGCCAGCUGAGUAAGUGACCCCUAAACUGGUCUCACUUGGCACGGCUAUUUUUCACUAUACAGUAUAAUACAGGUUGAGUCUCCCUUAUCCAAAAUGCUUGGGACCAGAGGUAUUUUAGAUAUCGGAUUUUUCCGUAUUUUGGAAUAAUUGCAUACCAUAAUGAGAUAUCAUGGUGAUGGGACCUAAAUCUAGGCACAGAAUGCAUUUAUGUUACAUAUACACCUUAUACACACAGCCUGAAGGUAAUUUUAGCCAAUAUUUUUUAUAACUUUGUGCAUUAAACAAAGUGUGUGUACAUUCACACAAUUAAUUUAUGUUUCAUAUACACCUUAUACACACAGC